UCGGGACGGGUACUUCCAGGCCCUCUCGGCGCGCCAGACCAGCCCCGCGCCCCUGUUCGGUGGCCCGAGGGACGCGCGCCGGCCGCGGGCCAGGGCCCAGACCCGGAGCGGUCGGGCGACGUGCGCGGGUCUGACGUCUGCGCUGCCCAGCCCCCUGGCUGCGCGGACGCCCCCACGGAGGCAGCCACGGGGGCGGAUUUCUGUCUCUGAGUGACGACUGCCAGGGUGUGAUGGGAAGGGUCAGCCGCGCAGUGGGGCCAGGGGAACCCUCACCCCCGCCCUGGCUCGGGUUGGGUCCCGAUUUGCGUUUCUGAGCGCUUGCUGUGCUCAGCUCCUCAGUUGGAUUCUCUGAGUCCUCACAACAGCCACACAUUUUGCAGCCGAAGCCUUGUGCCACACAGCUGUGGGGGCAGUUAUUACAGGGCAGAGGUGAUGCGCGGAGGCCUUGCAGCCAGACACACCUGAGUGCACGCCCGCUUCUCCACAGACCUGCACUGUGACCUUGGGCACACCUGGUCUGCUCUCUGAGCCUCUGGUGCGAUUGUGGUGCCUACCCCCAGGGCUGCUGUGAGGACCGGAUUGGAAUUGGGUUCAGGGAAAGACAACCAGUGCUACACACAACCCAGCUGUACCAGCAUGUGCCAGAGACACGCUGGCCAAUCGUGUACUCGCCGCGCUACAACAUCACCUUCAUGGGCCUGGAGAAGCUGCAUCCCUUUGAUGCCGGAAAAUGGGGCAAAGUGAUCAAUUUCCUAAAAGAAGAGAAGCUUCUGUCUGACAGCAUGCUGGUGGAGGCGCGGGAGGCCUCGGAGGAGGACCUGCUGGUGGUGCACACGAGGCGCUAUCUUAAUGAGCUCAAGUGGUCCUUUGCUGUUGCUACCAUCACAGAAAUCCCCCCUGUUAUCUUCCUCCCCAACUUCCUUGUGCAGAGGAAGGUGCUGAGGCCCCUUCGGACCCAGACAGGAGGAACCAUAAUGGCGGGGAAGCUGGCCGUGGAGCGAGGCUGGGCCAUCAACGUGGGGGGUGGCUUCCACCACUGCUCCAGCGACCGUGGCGGGGGCUUCUGUGCCUAUGCGGACAUCACACUCGCCAUCAAGUUUCUGUUUGAGCGUGUGGAGGGCAUCUCCAGGGCUACCAUCAUUGAUCUCGAUGCCCAUCAGGGCAAUGGGCAUGAGCGAGACUUCAUGGGCGACAAGCGUGUGUACAUCAUGGAUGUCUACAACCGCCACAUCUACCCCGGGGACCGCUUUGCCAAGCAGGCCAUCAGGCGGAAGGUGGAGCUGGAGUGGGGCACAGAGGAUGAUGAAUACCUGGAUAAGGUGGAGAGGAACAUCGAGAAAUCCCUCCAGGAGCACCUGCCCGACGUGGUGGUGUACAAUGCAGGCACCGACAUCCUCGAGGGGGACCGCCUUGGGGGGCUGUCCAUCAGCCCAGUGGGCAUUGUGAAGCGGGAUGAGCUGGUGUUCCGGAUGGUCCGUGGCCGCCAGGUUCCCAUCCUUAUGGUGACCUCAGGCGGGUACCAGAAGCGCACAGCCCGCAUCAUUGCUGACUCCAUCCUUAAUCUGUUUGGCCUGGGGCUCAUUGGGCCUGAGUCACCCAGUGUUUCAGCACAGAACUCAGACACACCGCUGCUUCCCCCUGCAGUGCCCUGACCCUCGCUGCCCCGCCUGUCACUUGGCCCCGCCUAUCCGCCCCUUAGUGCUUUUUGUUUUCUAACCUCAUGGGGUGGUGGAGGCAGCCUUCAGUGAGCAUGGAGGGGCAGGGCCAUUCCUGGCUGGGGCCUAGAGCUGGCCCUUCCUCCACUUUUCCCUGCUGGAAGCCAGAGGGGCUCGAGGCCUCUAUGGGUGGGGGCGGAAGGCAGAGCCUGUGUCCCAGGGGGACCCACACGGAGUCACGGGUCCAUGGGUCGAGGGAGGCAGGCAGUUCACUGAGAAUCGGAGAGGACAGGCGAGGUCCCAGGCACAGCAAGGGCCCUGGGCUUGGAGUGUUCUGGUUUUGAGAAUGGCAGACCCAGGUCAGAGUGAGGAAGCUUCCACCUCCAUCCUGACUGCCCUCCCUCCCUCCCCUUGGUCGUGGGAUUUGCUGCCCUCUGCCCCAGAGCUGAAGAGCUAUGGGUGCUGGUGUGGAUGGCCCAGGAGGUGCUGCAGCUAGGCCUCCAGGUGGACCUGGUUCCCAGGCAGCAGGUGGAAACCCUGGGCCUGGAUGUGAGGGGCGGUCAGGAAGGGGUACAGGUGGGUUCCCUCAUCUGGAGUUCCCCCUCAAUAAAGCAAGGUCUGGACCUGCCUUCCCAGGCCCUUCUGCGGGGGUGAAGGUGGGAAGGCCUGCAGCCCCGGAUCACUGCCUUAGCAGUAGUCUUGCCUGUUCAGUGCAAGGGGCAGGUUUUAGGGGAGGAAUUCUUAGGUCAGGGACAGACCUCAGCCCUGUUGUCUCCAGGGGGCUGCUGACCCAGGUGGGGAGGGGGCAGAAGAAGGGUGGGAGACAUGAGCAGGCCAGGCUCACAGGUGGAAAUCAGAGAUGCAGGCUGGUGGCCAAGCCAGGUCCUGUGGGAACCCAGGCCCAGGGAGGGACCCAGGUACUGGUGAGGUGGGGCAGGGUUUCCCGGAGAGAGGGCAGUGAGGAUCUCUAUCCGGCCUGGGGGUUGUGAGCAUAGGUAGCCGGGGCAGGGCCCUGGGUGGGACUGUGGCCUCCACUGGCCUCACCAAAGUGCCUGGGCCCCGAUCUCUGUCCGUGCCCAGGGCCCCCAGGUGGGCCGGGUCUCUGGCCUGUUCCUCAGCCCUACUCAUGGGGACAUUCAGGGGCCUCCAGGAAGUGGGUGGGGGAACAUCCACCCCUGCUAGCCAGCAGCUGUGGCCCUGACCAAAUCAGGGGCUGGGGAGGGAAAGUGGGUCCGCUGAGAUGUCCCUGCUCCAUCAGCCCCCUAUGGGACUUAUGUUCAUCACAGUGAGGGGGUGCUCCCACUGUCUCCCGCCCUCCCUCAUGCUCCCUCUGCUGCAGGGGAAGGGUUCCAAGAUCACAAAUUGUCAACAACGCUGGCCUCCUGGACCAGACCCCGAGGCUCUAACAAUGCACUCUGAGAUCCCUACCCUUGCUGUUGGUCUCUGUCGCUGACUCGAGGCACCUAACAUCCGUUCACACCCAACUCAGGCCAGCGAAUUCUGGGGCUCAGCCACAGACACGGUUUGUCACUGGUUGAGCUUCUGUUCCUAGAGAACCCUAGAGGCUUGAUUGGCCCAGGCUGCUGUGUGUGCUGGAGGCGAAGAAUCCCAACCUUCUGGGGGUGGAAGGAAAUGAAAAUGGAAAGUUCUUGUAGUGCAAGGCCUGACAUGGGUAGCUGCUCAAUAAAUGCUAGUGUGUUAUU